AGCACGCAUGGCCGGCGGCGGGGACCGAGAGGCCGCCCUGCCGCUCGCCGCGGGCCGGGUCGCGGCCCUCGAGAUCGAGCCCCCGCCAGCGCCGGCGCCCGGGGGGCCCCCGCGUCGCGCGCCGCGGGCGGCCCUCGCGGUGAUGGCGGCGCUGCUGGCCCUGGGCGCCGCGAGCGUAGCGGUGGGCCACGGCUGCGCGUCCUCACAGCCUUGGCGCCGUCAUCACCGGGAGUCCUGGCGCGUCGCGCUCCUCGGCCCCGCGGCGGCGCUGCCCUACGCCGCGCUGGCGGCCUGGGGCGCCUGGGCGCGCCUCGGCCUCUGGGCGGGCGCGCCGCUGCACCGGUGGACGGCGGCCUACGCGGCGGGCGCGGCCGCGGCCGCGGCGCUGCUCGCCUCGCGCCCGUGGGUUUCCCAGUGUACGGCUUCCCAUGCCGAUGCCGUCCACUGCGCGUCCUGCCUCGCGGUCCUGUUCGCGCUGAAGACCGUGACCCAGGCCCUCGUCGCGCUGAAGCUCGAGGAGCUCCAGCAGGCGCGCCUGGCGCGGGCCGUCCGCGCCCUCGCAGCCUUGGCCCUACUGGCCGGGGCGCUGGCGGUGGCGGCGAUGGUCUGUCAGACAGCGUGGGAUCCGUCGGGAGCCGGUGGGUUUUGGUGGAGGUGGUAUGACCGCGGGCUCGGGUGCUGUGCGGCCUGCCACGCCCUGGCCUGCCUCUGCGGCGUCGGGGGUCUCCUGGGCGCCGCGGCGCGGGCCCUCCUCGGCGGCAGGGGCGGCUCGCAGCGGCGCGCGGGCUGCUUCGUGCUGCUGACGGCCGGCAGCCUGGCGACCUCGUUCGCGACCUUUUUCGCCUUGCUGAAUUAUGUUGAUAGCGUAGCAUCAAUCUACAAGACCACAGCAGUCGACGGGCUGUUCGAUUGCUGCACCGUGGCGCUCUUCUCCGGCCUCGUCGGGCCGGCGUUCGUGCGGGUGCUCGCGAGGGAGGCGUUCUCCGCGAUCAACUCGUACACGGAGUCCCAGCUCCAGGAGUUCUACGAGAAGUAUUUGGAGUACUUGGACAGGGCGCAUAUCAGAUGGGUGCGUUGCGGCUACCUGAGGCACCUGGCCGCGGCCGGCGUUGUCAUGCCCCGGUGCCAGGAGGUGCCGGGCGACCAGGUCUUCGUCGGCAGCAGGGGCUUUCCGCUGGUGCACGCAGCACCGAAGGAGAGGCUCGUCGUCUCGCACCCGUGGCUCGCAAAGGAGCACCCGGACCCGACCGGGGAGAAGCUGCGGCUGCUGGUCCGUCAGCUGGACAUGCUCCAUGCUUCCGACGACCACGCAGGCCCGCCUGGCACAGAACCCCCUCCUUAAAUGUAGCCACGCGCGGGCACAGAACCCUCUCCCUGCGGCGUUCUGCGGGUGCAGAGCCCCCCUCCUUGCGGCCCAUUGCGGAUGCAGAACCCCCUCCGUCUGGCCCUGAGCGCUCUGAAGAUCCAGGAUCCCCUUCGACUAGCGCUCUGAGUUGGCACGAGGGCCCGGUCUAUCAUCUCUGGGGGCGCCCUCGUCGCAGCGGCUGGAGUCCCCUCGACAUACUGGUCAGGUCGGUCCAGUAGCGCCGCCGCGGCUUCCGCCACGCUUUCAGGCCUGUCCGACAGGCGUCGUUUCGGCUGCUCCUCGCGACGGCCGUGUCCGGGGGCGGUUUGCAGACGUCAUGGGCUGUCCCUGGAACGUUUCUCCGGGACCAGGGCGGCGGAGGCGGAGUGAGGUUCGGGGGGGCGUUUCGUGGAUUUCAGUUUUGGUGAUUCAUUGGCUUA